AUGCUCCACCGCGAAUUGGCCAGUGUUGGCGUCAGUGGUGCCGAUGGCACGGAAGGACAGAUCCGUCGCUCGACACUGUCACCAGACCAACUUGUUAUGCGCCCUGCAGAGGGUAUCAAUACCAUGAUCGACGUACUUGAGUAUGCAAGAAAGAAGCACGGCAACAAGAAGAUGAUUGCGAGCCGCGAGGUAAUCAAGGAACACAAGGAAGAAAAGAAGGUGAAGAAGAAGGUAGGUGGCGAAGAGAUCGAAGAGACCAAGACAUGGACCUACUUUGAGCUCAGCCCCUACUCGUACAUGACCCUGAAUGAGUUUUGCGACCGCGUGGAGCUCUUUGCGAGUGGUUUGAGCGCACUCGGCCUGUCUAGCAAGCACCGCUUUAAUAUUUUUGCUUCGACAGCUGUAUCGUGGCAGAUCGCUGCGCAGUCGUGCUUCCGUAUCGGUAUGACAUUCUGCACGGCCUACGACACGCUCGGCCCGGAUGGUCUGCAUGUAUCGCUUGAAGAGCCUGAAGUGAGUGGUCUGUUUACCAAUGCAGAUCAUCUCCCUGUUGUGGAAAAGAUUGUGAAGAAGACGCCGCUUCUCCGCUUUGUCGUGUACGAUGGCAAGGCCGACCCCAAUGUGGUGUCGCGCAUUGAGGCAAAACUCAAGGACCGCUCUAAAGCCCGUAUUGUGCAUGCCGAUGAGGUGUAUCAGUUGGGUCGCACGCACAAGAUGUCGCCUGCGCAGCUGACAGGGGACGACGUGGCGUGUAUUAUGUACACGUCGGGCUCGACUGGCAAGCCGAAGGGUGUCAUUCUCACGCACUCGAACUUGGUGGCGACGUUGGGUGCGAUCCCGAUGCUGCUCAACCCGUACCUAACUGAGGAUGAGGCGCUCCUGGCGUACCUGCCGCUUGCCCACAUUCUGGAGUUCGUGGUGGAAUGUUUCUGUUUCCUGCGCGGUAUUGCAAUCGGUUACGCCCGUAUCAAGACGCUGACGCAGGCGAGUGUACGCAACUGUGAUGGUGACUUGAAGGCUUUCCGUCCGACUCUUAUGGUCGGUGUCCCAGCCGUGUGGGAGCAGAUCCGCAAGGGCAUUGUGUCCAAGUUGGAGACUAGCGGCGCUAUGAAGCAGAAGAUGUUUGGUAUGAGCAUGUGGGCAAAGCAGCAUAAGGUGCCUGGUCUUACACAGUUCGCGAAUGCCGUUGUGUUCAAGGCUGUGCGUGAGCAGACGGGCGGCCGCCUGCGCUUUGCGCUUUCUGGUGGCGCGCCGAUCAGUCGCGAGACGCAUCGUUUCCUGAACACGGCUCUUGUGCAGAUCAUUCAGGGCUACGGUAUGACUGAGUCGUCGGCGAUGUGCGCGAUUCUCACGCCGCCGUUCUUCAAGUACGGCUGUGUCGGCUGCCCUAUGCCGUCGGUGGAAGUGAAGUUGAAGGAUGUGCCGGAGGCGGGCUACUACUCGAGCAACAGUGUGCCGCAGGGUGAGGUGCUGAUCCGCGGUCCCUCGGUGACGCAGGGCUACUUUAAGCGCCCUGAUCUUACCAAGGAGGCCAUCACAGAGGAUGGCUGGCUCAUGACAGGUGACGUUGGUCAGUGGAAUGCGGACGGUACCCUGAGCCUGAUCGACCGUAAGAAGAACCUGGUCAAACUGGCAGGCGGUGAGUACAUUGCCAUUGAACGUCUCGAGAGCACGUACAAGUCGUCAAACUAUGUUAGCAACAUUUGCGUGUACGCGAACUCGGAUGCCAACAAGCCCAUGGGCGUCAUCUUCCCCCGCGAAGACAACCUGCGCAAGGCGCUGCCUGGCCUUGGCCUUUCGCACCUUGCUGAUGCGGAACUGGACGAUAUGUGCCAUGAGAAGAAGGUGGCAGACUUUAUCCUCAAAGAAGUGAAUGCCGUGGGCAAGGAGGCUGGCUUUGCGCCGAUGGAACAGCUGCAGUGUGUGGUCCUUAUCCCCGAGGAGCUGCCGCUCACGGCUGCGCAGAAGGUGCAGCGCAAGGAGGUCGAGACCAAAUACAAGAAGCAGAUUAGCGCUGUCUACCCGUAA